CUAUCUAUUUUUCAUAAUAAUUUAACGAUAAUUUUAGAAUUUAUUUUCCAACUACAUGACAUUUAAAUUUUCUUUUAAGGCCAUAAAAUUACUUUUAAAGAGUGAUAAUAUAGUACACAAUUUGCGCUCAUGAGGUAACGACUCACUCUCGCAAACCACCAUGUUCUUUUCUGUUUCUCCCUCACAAUGACUCUGUUUCUCAAAUUCUCCCCAGUAAGCACCACUUGGAAACGGAAACAAAAGCUUCAAUUUUUCACGACCCUUUUGGAAGCUUCACAACCCUAUCCCCCUCACGUGAUCUCCACCAACAUCUCCAUCGCUCACCAUGCCAAAACCGGGAAACUUGUAGAAGCCCGCCACAUGUUCGAUGAAAUGCCACUCAGAACAGUUUCCUCAUGGAACACUAUGAUUUCUGGCUACUCCCAAUGGGGGAAGUACACUGAAGCUUUGACUCUUGUUUCCUUCAUGCAUAGCUCUUGUGUUAAGUUCAAUGAGGUUUCUUUUUCUGCAUGUUUGAGCGCGUGUACACGUGGUGGGUCUUUGUUUCUUGGAAAGCAGAUUCAUUCACUCCUUUUCAAAUCUGGAUAUCAGAGGUUUGGACCUGUGGGGAGUGCUUUGUUGCAUUACUAUGUGCAAUGUUGUGGAAUUAGAGAAGCUGAGAUGGUUUUUGAGGAGCUUCGUGAUGAGAAUCACGUGUUGUGGAGUUUGAUGCUUGCGGGGUAUGUGCAGCGUGAUAUGAUAGGUGAUGCUAUGGAAAUAUUUGAAAAGAUGCCUGUUAGGGAUGUUGUGGCUUGGACUACGUUGAUAUCUGGAUAUGCGAAGAGGGAAGAUGGGUGUGAGAGGGCUUUGGAUUUGUUUGGAUGUAUGAGGAGGAGUUCAGAGGUGUUGCCUAAUGAGUUCACUUUGGAUUGUGUUUUGAGGGUUUGUGCUAGACUUAGGAUUCUGUAUGUUGGGAAGGUUGUUCAUGGACUUUGCAUUAAGGAUGGUUUUGAUUUUGAUAACUCAGUUAGUAGUGCACUUGCUGAGUUUUAUUGUGUUUCUGAUGCUGUAGACGACGCAAAGAGAGUUUAUGAAAGCAUGGUAGGGGAAGCUUGUUCGAACGUUGCUGACUCGCUGAUUGGUGGCCUUGUUUCAAUGGGGAGGGUCAAAGAAGCGGGGAUGAUCUUUUAUGGAUUGAGAGAUAAAACUCUCAUCUCUAAUAAUUUGAUGAUUAAAGGUUAUGCGAUGAGUGGUCAGUUUAAAAAAUCGAAAAAAUUGUUUGAGAAAAUGAGUCUCAAACAUUUAACCUCCUUAAAUACUAUGAUUACUGUGUAUUCCAAGAACGGUGAACUUGACGAAGCUGUGAAGCUUUUUGACAAAACUAAGGGUGAAAGAAAUUGUGUAACGUGGAAUUCAAUGAUGUCGGGUUACAUUCAUAAUGGUGAGCACAGCGAGGCAUUGAAAUUAUACGUGACCAUGCGUAGAUUUUUAGUUGAGUAUAGCAGAUCAACAUUCUCUGUUCUAUUUCGUGCUUGUGCAUACCUCUGUUCUUUUCAACAAGGACAGUUGCUUCAUGCACACUUAGCCAAAACGCCAUACCAGGAAAAUGUUUACGUUGGAACUGCUCUUGUGGAUUUCUAUUCCAAAUGUGGUCACUUGGCCGAUGCUCAAAGGUCAUUCACCAGCAUCUUUUCACCCAAUGUAGCAGCAUGGACAGCUCUUAUAAAUGGUUAUGCAUACCAUGGAUGCGGAUCUGAGGCGAUUUCACGCUUCCGCUCAAUGUUAGAUCAAGGUGUUGUUCCAAAUGCUGCUACUUUUGUAGCUGUUCUUUCCGCCUGUAGCCAUGCUGGCCUAGUUGACGAAGGUUUGAAAUUUUUUCACUCAAUGCAGAUAAACUACAGAAUAACCCCAACAAUAGAGCAUUACACAUGCGUGGUGGAUCUUCUUGGUCGGUCAGGCCGUGUGAAAGAAGCAGAAGAGUUUAUCAUACAAAUGCCUAUCAAAGCAGAUGGUGUAAUUUGGGGAGCUUUGCUUAAUGCCUCGUGUUUCUGGAACAACGUGGAAUUGGGAGAGAGAGCUGCUGUGAAGUUGUUCAGUUUGGAUCCAAAUUCAGUAUCUGCUUUAGUUACUCUGUCUAAUAUGUAUGCCAGACGGGGUAGAUGGGGGAAGAAAACAAAAAUUAGGAAGAGGUUACAGAGUUUGGAAUUGAGAAAAGAUCAAGGGUUCAGCUGGAUAGAGUUGAACAACAAUGUUCAUCUGUUCUCUGUAGAAGAUACAACACAUCCAUAUUCUGAUGUUAUUUACAAAACUGUAGAGCAUAUAACCGCAACCAUUAACUCUAUCGUACCGUUCAAUUAUCUCUAUAGCAGCAAUGACAGAUAGUGUUUCUAAUGCAACCUGCUUUUUAUGAUCUUAUCUUUCUUUCAGAUGUGGCCACUUAAAUAUUUUCAGUGAAGCACACAGUUUCCUAAAAGGAGAGAAGCUCAUGAGAUGAUACAUGACAGAUCUUGGAGUUUCCAAUGAUAAGAGUCAAACCUUAGUGAAAGACUCGUACAAUUUCAAGCAGGGAUUUGUCUAAGGCAUGUUUUUUCAGAGAAUGGCUGCUUAUAAAGCAAAGUUCAUUUGUUUAUGUAUAUAUAGAUAAUCAAAACAACAAAGCAAUGUUUUUAUAUUAAUACUUUGUAUUGGGUUCUUUAAAACAAUAACGCUAGAGGGUACUAUUCAAUACAGACAAAAAUUCCAUGGCUA